AAAAUGGCUUUCCCUCUUCGCUGUUGUAGGAGCAGCAUUUUGAAUGUCAGCCCGUGCUCACUGUAUUUAUGCGAGCCCUCCCUUUCAACUGAAUGACUUGCAGGAGUGAGACGAGCAACAUUUGUUCUUGUAUAGCUAGAACAAACUCGGACUGAUGGCUGAUCAAGUGCUUGUGAUUGGUGGUGGAGGCAGAGAGCAUGCCCUGGCCUGGAAAUUAGCACAGUCACCACAUAUAAAACAAGUGCUAGUCACUCCGGGAAAUGCAGGAACAGCCAAUAAUGGAAAAAUUUCAAAUUCAGCCAUCUCAAUCAGUAAUCAUGCCGCUCUUAUCCAGUUCUGCAAAGACAAUGAGAUCAAACUUGUGGUGGUUGGCCCAGAAGUUCCUCUUGCUGCUGGCAUUGUUGAUGACUUGACAGGAGCUGGGGUAAGUUGUUUUGGUCCUACAGCAAAGGCAGCUCAGCUAGAGUCCAGUAAGAGUUUUUCUAAAGCCUUUCUGGACCGGCAUGGGAUUCCAACUGCAAGAUGGAAAGCAUUCACCAAUCCAAAAGAAGCUUGUAGCUUUAUUACCAGCGCGGACUUCCCUGCCCUGGUUGUAAAAGCUAGUGGUCUGGCCGCUGGCAAAGGAGUAAUUGUGGCUACUAACAAAGAGGAAGCCUGCAAAGCUGUGCAUGAAAUCAUGCAGGAUAAGACUUUUGGAGCUGCUGGGGAAACUGUUGUUGUUGAAGAACUUCUUGUAGGAGAAGAGGUGUCUUGCUUGUGCUUCACUGAUGGUGUCACUGUUGCCCCCAUGCCACCAGCCCAGGAUCACAAACGGUUAAUGGAUGGAGACCAGGGCCCAAACACUGGAGGGAUGGGAGCUUAUUGCCCAGCACCACAGAUUUCCAAAGAUUUGCUACUGAAAAUCAGAGAUACUAUUCUUCAGAAAGCGGUUGAUGGGAUGAAAGAAGAGGGUGUCCCUUACAUUGGUGUGCUAUAUGCUGGAUUAAUGCUUACCAAUGAUGGGCCUAAGGUUCUAGAGUUUAAUUGCAGGUUUGGUGACCCAGAAUGUCAGGUAAUUCUUCCGCUAUUGAAGAGUGAUUUGUAUGAAGUUAUACAAGCGACGAUCAAGAGAAAGCUGUCUAGCUCCAUGCCUGUUUGGUCUGAAGACAGUGCAGCCAUGACUGUGGUCAUGGCUUGUGAAGGUUAUCCAGGAAACUAUGCCAAGGGCUUGGAAAUAACAGGAUUUUCUGAGGCUAAAGAACUAGGGCUGGAGGUGUUCCAUGCAGGCACGGCAAUAAAGGAUGGCAAAGUAGUGACUAAUGGUGGAAGAGUCCUUACGGUAACGGCUAUCAAGAAGGAUCUGAUGUCAGCACUGGAAGAAGUCAACAAAGGAGUAGCAGCCAUACACUUCAAGGGUGCCAUUUACAGAAAGGACAUUGGUUAUCGGGCGAUAGCUUUCCUCAGCAAUUCCAGAGGCCUGACUUACAAAAACAGUGGGGUAGACAUCGCAGCUGGCAAUACCUUGGUUCAGCAAAUUAAACCCUUAGCAGCAGCCACCUCAAGGCCAGGCUGCAAUGCAGAGCUCGGAGGAUUUGCUGGUCUCUUUGACUUGAAAGCAGCUGGUUACAAAGAUCCUAUCUUGGUGUCUGGAACUGAUGGCGUUGGAACAAAACUCAAGAUUGCACAGAUGUGUAAGAAACAUGACGCCAUUGGCCAAGACUUGGUUGCCAUGUGUGUCAAUGACAUCCUGGCUCAGGGAGCAGAGCCCCUCUUCUUCCUCGACUAUUUUGCCUGUGGGAAACUUGACGCUGAAGUGGCUCAAGCGGUCAUAGCGGGAAUAGCUGAAGCUUGUAAAAAAGCAGGAUGUUCUCUCUUGGGAGGAGAGACUGCUGAAAUGCCUGGCAUGUAUCUGCCUGGGGAGUAUGACCUCGCUGGCUUUGUAGUUGGUGCCGUGGAACAAGGACAGAUGCUCCCCCAACUGGAGAGAGUUGCUGAUGGGGAUGUUGUCAUUGGAAUAGCUUCCUCUGGGGUUCACAGCAAUGGGUUUAGCCUUGUAAGGAAGAUUGUAGAAAAGUCGUCUUUAGAUUUCACUUCUCCAUCAGUUGCUGGCUCUGGUGACCAGACAUUAGGGGAACUAUUGUUAACCCCGACUAAAAUCUACAGUAAAACUCUGUUGCCUGUCCUUCGUUCAGGGUGUGUUAAGGCCUACGCCCACAUCACUGGAGGAGGUCUGUUGGAAAACAUCCCCCGAGUUCUCCCAGAAUCAUUUGGUGUAGUUUUAGAUGCUCACAGUUGGCGGAUACCUGAAAUCUUCUCUUGGCUUCAAAAAGAGGGGAGCCUCUCGGAAGAGGAGAUGGCCCGAACGUUUAAUUGCGGGAUUGGCGCAGUUUUGGUGGUAGAGAAGGAGCUGGCUCAGCAGGUUCUGAAAGACAUACAGAGACAUGAGGAAGCCUGGCUGAUUGGGAAAGUCGUCUCCCGACACACAGAAUCUUCCCAUGUUGAAGUCCAUAAUCUGCUUCAAGCCUUGCAAACAAAUAGGUUACAGUUUUUGCACAACCAUAUCCAAGGCAAAACCCAAACAAGCAAAGUGAAGGUGGCUGUUCUCAUCUCUGGAACAGGCACAAACCUUGAAGCCCUAAUAACCAGCACAAAAAAGCCAAGCAGCUAUGCACAGGUAGUCCUCGUCAUUUCUAACAAAUCAGGCGUGGAAGGGUUAAAAAGAGCUGAAAGAGCUGGUAUUCCUACAAAAGUAAUUGACCAUAAAUUGUAUGGAAGUCGCACAGAAUUUGAUAAUGCAGUUGAUAAAGUCCUUGAAGAAUUCUCAGUUGAACUGAUCUGUCUUGCAGGAUUUAUGCGGAUUUUGUCUGGUCCCUUUGUCGAAAAGUGGGAUGGAAAAAUACUGAAUAUUCAUCCAUCUUUACUACCUUCUUUUAAAGGAGCAAAUGCCCAUAAACUGGUAUUACAAGCUGGAGUCCGAAUCAGUGGCUGUACUGUGCACUUUGUAGCUAAGGAAGUUGAUGCUGGAGCUAUAAUUUUUCAAGAGGCAGUUCCCGUGAAGAUUGGAGACACAGAGGAGACCUUGUCAGAAAGAGUAAAAGAAGCAGAGCACAGAGCCUUCCCUGCUGCCUUGCAACUGGUAGCCAGUAAGGCAGUGUGCCUAGGAGAAAGUGGCAAGAUCAUCUGGAAUUUAGAACAGCAGAAUUGAGAAGACUCUUGGCUGUAGUGAUGGAACAACAGUACUAAAGUUCUAAAAACAAUAAUUCAGAAGGCAGAACUUAGCAACUGGACAGUUACUUUUAUUCUGUUAGAGUAUUUUAGUGUAACAUUUCCCAUGGCAUUGCAGCAGGAUCUCUAAAGUCUCAAGUGCUACUGCUCCAAAGUAAAGGCCGAGAAAGCCAAAAAUGGGAAGGGAGGGGGAUUUUAUUUUAUUUUAUUUUAUUUUUAAGAAUACCAUAGCCCUCACUAUCAGCUACCACAUUAAUGAUGAUGGCUUUUUCCACUGACCUCUCGGUCCAUAAUUUCACACUUUUUAUUCUACUUUUGGUAGUCUUAGACUAGCAUCGCCAAAGAAUCAGAGAUUUGAGCAUCUCUGGCUUUCCGUAUGAAAGGAUCAUAGUAGUUGAAGCUCAUUAGUCAGUAUUAAUUCCUGAAUUGUUUGACACAAUUGUAGCAAAAGAGCCUGUUGACAGAGGCUGUGAAAAGUCUUUUCAGGACAACUAUUAGUACCAAUAGAAUGGAGGUGAAAGUGGGUGGUACCAUGGUGGUAACUGAUCAGCAUUGCUCUGGCCACACCUAAAGGAAGUAAGUGGCCCUCAUAACAAAAAUCUUUCUUUAAAGAAAACGUUGAAGUGGAUUUUGCUCCUGCAAAUUGUGUUUUUCAUGGAGUAUUGUACCUGGUCUGGACUCAACAUAUCAAGUAACUCCAGAGGUAGAACCUGUGAUCCAGCAGAUGACUUACAGAAUGAAACUCCUGAUGAACGCUUACCUGUGGGUAAGUGGGUCUGGCUUUAGGGUCCUCAUUUCAUACUGAUAGUCCACUAGAGGUUAAGCAAGUUUAGAGUCAGAGGGUUUUUUGUUUUUUUUCCUUUAAUGUAGAAUUGGGAAUGAGAUGCUUUUCAGUGCUCAUAAUCCUAUGUUAAAUUCUUUACCAAUCCUGUCAUAGCCAGAUUCAGGAAUUCUGGGAGCAUCUGUUUAAGCUAGAAUAAUAUUGAUUUUUUUUUUUUAUUCUCUACCUACCUCUCUUCCCCUCCAAUGUUUUUUUUGUUCUCAGAAGCAUAUUUGAGUGUUGUUAUGGCUGAACUCUUACCUCUGUACAAGCCCCCUUUUUUAAAAAAAGUUUUUAGCAGCUGCAAACAUGUAGGUCACUAUACAGUUUACUUAAAUCUGUUUUUCCCACAAGCUAGAGGCACCUUCCUGCAGUUGCUCCUACAUAGUUUUAAAAUAAAAAACAGAAACCUCCUGUCACUAAUACACUAAGUGACACCAAAUGCUGGUUGCCAGCCUGUGUAUUGACAUCCUUCUGCUCUUUCUGCGUUACAACAAUUUCAACUGCUCAGUUAUUUCAAAUCCAAUUCUAAUAAAGUUGAGAAAAAGCAACGUUAAAGGGAUGUCAUUUAAAUAUUUUCCUUAAAUUUUUUUGCUUUCUUCAUUAAGGACAAACUAUUUUAAAACAUUGUGUUUAAAAGGGAACAAACUAUUGUUUCAGAUAUGGAUACACAAGGGUAGGCAGAGCAGGUGGAUAUGCAGCAAGUCUCCAAAUGACAGUGGUUUUAAGUCCCUCUUAAGGGUGAUAAACCUUAGGUUUAAAAAGCAAGACAGGUGGUAAAAUUUCUAAAGACCUUGCAAACUGUUGUUGGUGAUGAUGAGUACAUUCUCUAAAAACUACAGCCUGAGCCGGGGAAAGAACUUUUAAACAAUUUGUGAAAGCAACAUACAGCUGAUCCUUCAGUUUCAUUGGGAUGGCAGAAUGAUUUAACAGAACUUUAAGAGGGAGGAUAUUUACAGCCCAACACACCUCUCUCUAUAGUGAUGUUAUUGGAGCUUAUAAAGCAUUACAGCCAAAAUAUUCACAGAAUUCUCUGUACCAGACCGGCUGAGGUAAAUCCUGCAAAUGCAGGUACUGUGAAAAAUGGUUUAUGGGGACAGUUUUUAAAAUAAAACAGUCUGGGUCCCCUUUCAGAAACAGGCCCCAUGAGGCUAUAUAAAGCCAGAAGCAUUGAAAAAGGUUAUCAACAGAUAUUUACUGGUGAAAUAUUCAUAGGGGAUGAAGCCUUAAUCAAGGGAUGGAGGCCUGUCUAGGGCUUUAAAAGAUUACAAGGACAAGACCAAUUCUUUUUGGUCUCAAGAAUUACCAAAAAAGUUAAGGGAUGGCUGGAAGCCUCAUCUCAACUCUCCAACCUCCUAGGUAUACAAGAAGAAAAGAGCUGUGGUGACUUUUACAUCAACACAGUGAUGCCAGCUUUGGGGAUUUUCCACAGACCCCUAGUUUGAAUUUAUACAGUUUUAACUAACUAUAUUUCCACUAACCCUACCUCCCAGGCCCCUGGGAGAUUACAAUAUAAUCUGAAACAGCAUCACCCAACAAGCCUUCUGAAAUCAUCUUUGGGGGCUAAGAAUGGGCAUUUCUUCCUAUAGUGAGGCUAUUAAUCAUCCACACCUGAAUUAGUGGAUUAUAUGAACAAAGCUCAGAGGCUUUGAAAUGCUGGAUUAGCCAGAAGUGAAAGGCCAAGAGGAAGCUGGUGCGAAGAGAGGAGGUACUCCUCACCAGGUAAAAGAUUUUAAAUCAACAUGACUUUUGUUCACUAUGAGGCUGAAGAAUGCAUCAAAUUCAAACUAGAAUGAUUCUAAAUAUCCCCUUUGCAGA